AUGGCUCCAUUCGCGGGGCCGAUCCUCGCCGACUGGAGCGACGUCGCUGCUUGGAAGCGCGCCUUCCUCGACGCCGCAGCGACCCGCGGCCUCCACAAGUACUACACUGUACGAGACUACGCAGACCCCGUGACCAUCUCGCCGGCCCGACGUAUUGAGAUCCACGCGGCCGCCGAGAUUGCUGUGCCGCCCGUGCCGCACGACUUGUCAUCCGCCGCGUUUGGUGACGCUGUGCUGGCGCGCGCACAUGCAAUUGUUGCACAUGUGACGGAUGCGAUGACGGCCGAGGCGGCUUCACUCCAAGCGCGCGCUAUUGCCACGGCUGUGGUCUUUUUGCUAUCGGCGCUGUCACCCGACCUCCGCGACGAGCUCGACGACAGCAAGUCGCCGUUUCUGCUCUGGGCUGAGGUACACGCCAAGGGCUUCGUACUCAUGGACGACUGCCGCCUCUUUGGGCUCCUCGAAAACGUGCGAUUUGUGGACAACGACCAGCUGCCCGACGGCCUUGCACGCGUCGAGGAGCACAUCCAGCGAUUUGUUGACGUCAUCUUUGUACCGAGCCACGGCCUUGACGCGCGACUUGUGGCGGCCGCCGACCGUUUGAAGAUGGCGCUGCUCUGCAACGCGUGCCCACCGGCCAUGGCCAACAUCUUUGAAGCUUGGCGCGCCGACGAACCCGUGUGGAACUACGCGUCGAUGCGGCGUCGGCUCAUCGAGCAGUGCAAGUCACAGCAUCUCGGCUUCGCGACCAAUGACCCGCCAACGUCGGCUGUCGACGCUUUACAAGCGCAAGUGGUCGAUGUGCCGCCAGCAACAACAGCAGGGACCCUGGAGGCGCAGCUCGCAGCCGUGCGCUUGCAACGGAUAACGACGAUGACGUGCCCAUUGCGGCACAAGGCCGAAGAAGAGGCCGACCGAAAAAGCGUGGGCCCGAUGCUUCCGCGCAUGGUCCGCAAGCCAGCACGAGCAUUCGAGCACAAGGAUGAGAUCGCAGCCCCGCGAAUGUCGGCGCGGCUCCAAGCCGGCGCGCUGCGAGCAGCAGUGCCCGAAAGCGGCGGCCAUGGCAGCAGCACCGAGUCGGAAUCUGACGAGGUCUCGUCGUUCCGUGAUGCAGCAAAAACCUACGAGCCAGAAGAGAUCGAGUUUCUAUGUGCUGCACUUGCGCACACCAAGGACUCGGACCACGUCAUCUACGAGCGUGGCCGUGCUCAGGGUCUCUUUGUCCACCGAUCCUGGAGCUCGAUACAGAGCAAGCUUUGCCGCAUGAAAACCACCGCGUCCGCCACGCAGUCUGCCUAA